AUGCAGUCCAACGGCGGCUUCAUCAUCGACGACCUCUCCGCUGUCUUUGCAGCCGACGCAGGCCAGCCGGCCCCACCAACACCGCAUGCCGAAGACCGCCCGGCACCCGAUGCAGUCGCCACUCCAAAGGCGCUCACUCCCAAGCAGGAGGCCAAGCUGCGCUCGUAUCUCGAUGGCGCACUCGAAGAUAUCACGCGAGGAUACCGCAAGAGGUUCGAUCCGUCGUCGCAUCUGCGCACGCUCACCGCCUAUCUCGACGCCUGGCUGCGCCUGCUCGGCGUGUUGGCGCACGUGCCGCCGUAUGGAGGCGGCAGCACCAACCUGCUCGUCUCGUACUUGCUUCGGUGCUCGACCGACAUCUGCGAUGGCAUCGCUGGCUACAGCCUCGCAAUGGAGAUCGAUGCGCAUCGCAGACAGAGCAAGCGCCAGAGCCGAAAAGAGGCUGAUCAUCUCGAGGAAGAGGCGAGCGGCCGUAGCGGCUCGGAGGAUCGCGAUGGCGAGGACUCUGAUGACGAGGAGGAGGAGAGGCGGCUUCAAGCACUACUAUGCUCCAAGCAGCUCAGCCUGGUGCUUCAGACUAUCGACCUGCUCGAUCGCAUCUGGGCUGCAGUACUGCGAGGCAACCUCAUCGAUCUGCCCCUCGCCCUGAGUAACGCCAAGCAAGCACAUCCGGCCACCCCAACCGACGCUUCCGUCGAGACGACCGACAGACCUACGCAAGCCUACGAUCCUCGGCGAAUCCACUCCACAAGCAGCCUUGUCCCUUCACCCGCCGUCGACGGCCGAUUCGUUUCCGGUGCAUCCGCAUCCAGCAGCAGCGGUCCGAGGGAGAGCCUGCCCGUCCACGGAGGCAGGGGCCCCAAGACCGUCGGCGUCACCGACCAGGUCCGCCUGCGCAACAUCGCCGUCUCGUCGCGCGACAAGCUGUUCGCAUGGAUGCGCACAGAGAUGGACGCGCCUCCACCGCCGAUCAUGGAGGAGAACGAGCAAGAGCCGGACAACAACACGAUCGAAGGCGCCCUCGGCGCCAGACAAGCGCGGCAUCCCGAUCCAAAUCCGGACGACGACGACGAAGAUCCGGACAUGGAAGAUGUCGCGAUCGAUGCUCAAGUCGACGAAGAAGGCUACGACGUCGCAGACGAUACCGAGGAGCACAAGCACUACCAGGACCUGUUUGAGCGCAAGCUCGAUCCCGAUGCAGACGACGACGACGAUGACGAGCCGACGGUAGGUGGCGGACGUCCCGACUCUGAGUCGAAUGCUGACGCGACGCGCACAGAUCAGGACCUUGGUGCCUCGGUGCUUGGCAUGGUGGAAGCGGUCACAACCCAUGCUCACCAAGACAAGCGGAAGCGUGACGACACCGAAGACGGGGCAGAAGCGAGCGAGGCGCGGGCGGAUGGGUUGCCAGGCAAGCGACCACGCGCGGCCGACUCGGACACCGACGAGGCCGAUGCCAAGAUGAGCCGUUCCGAGCUGGGCUCGAUCCACGCCGCUCUGCCCGAAGCCAUCGGGCGGUGGGAUCUGGCCUUCACACGCCUUUUCUCCCGCACGCUGCGCACGCUCAGCGACCUCGGCGAGGCUGCCCGACCCAAAGCCUCCAAACGCGAUUUCGCCACCACGCUCACCGGCAUUUCCGGCGCAGACGACAACGGAAUUGCAGACGAUCUCGCCUAA